AUGAUGUUGGAAGCCCAUAGCAUGUCCUGCUCGCCUCCGGUGGUAUUCGGUGCAGAGAUACUUUCGCUCUCUGCGUCAUGGGUUACCAACUAUACAACCUAUGUCCCCUCGGCAUUUAAUUACAACCACGGCAACGCUGCCCUUCAAAAUGCCGAAUUUUGCAACAUCACCGUCCAAUACACCCACCCGGGACAUGAUGACUUGAUUACCGUGGAGACGUGGCUACCUCAGAAAUGGAAUCAUCGACUCCAAGCAACAGGAGGCGGGGGCUGGUCAGCUGGUCGCUUCGUCUUGUCGGAAUUCUUCAUGUCUGGGGCUAUUGCAGAGGGAUACGCUACGACAACAACGGAUGCUGGACUGGGUGACGCUGGUUCCCCAGAGCCAUGGGCUUUGGUAAGUCCCGGCAACGUCAAUCUCUAUGAUGUUCAGAACCUCGGCUAUGUUUCCUUGAACGAUCAAGCGAUCAUCGGGAAAAGUCUUGCCAAAAGCUUUUACGGUCAGAACCCCAAGUACUCAUACUGGAGUGGGUGCUCUCAAGGUGGGAGACAGGGGCUCAUGCUUGCUCAGAGAUAUCCAACUGCAUAUGAUGGUAUUGCCGCCUCUGCUCCAGCAUUGUCCUGGACCCAGCUUGCCUCUUCCGUCUACUAUCCACUUUUGAUUGAAGGAUGGGCGAACUCGAGUACACCUCUAGCUUGCGAACUUGACUUUAUUACAUCGGAAGCCAUCAAAAAAUGUGAUGCCAAAGAUGGUGUUGUGGAUGGAAUAAUUUCCGACCCAAAUCAGUGUGAUUUCAGCGCCCACUCUGUCGUCAACAAAACCUUUUAUUGCGAAUCCACUCGCAAAACGAUGCAUGUUAGCAGGAGCGCAGCUCUGGUCGCUAAUGCAGCUUGGUCGGGGCCUCGGACUUCUAAAGGCAACCCCCUCUGGUACGGAUACAAUCGGGGUGCAGACAUCAGCUCGUUUGGUGCCGUGCCAGGAACAAAUACGACAGGCCAAGAUCUUUGGUUCCGAUUGUUCGUGGCAAAGAACAAGGACUUCGACAUACUGAAUGCAAGCCACGAGGAAUACGAUGUGCUUUUCCACCAUGCUGUUCAAGAAUAUGCUGGUCUGCUAAACGCUGAUGACCCGGAUCUUACGGAGUUCAAGAACGCUGGUGGAAAACUCAUUUCUUACCAUGGAAUGGCCGACGAGUCCAUCCCAACCAAGAGCUCAGAGCACUAUUAUCGCGCAGUUAACGAGGUUGUGCCUGAUAUUCAGAGCUUCUAUCGAUACUUUGAGGCUCCUGGUCUUGGUCAUUGUUCUGGGGGAAUUGGCGGACAGCCUCUUACCACUUUUGAUGCGCUCCGGAGCUGGGUGGAAGAUGGCACUGUCCCUGAUAAAUUGCCUGUCAAAUUCAACGGCACAGAUGGCGUUGAACAGUCAAGAAUUCUCUGUCCAUACCCAGCGAAGCAAGUAUACAAUGGCGGCAAUGUGUCUGAAGCCAGUAGCUUCUCUUGCUCUUGCAAUGCGACAAUGAAGCCAUUGUUGCAUGCCAAGUUGUCUCAGUGA